AUGCUGAUCUUAGUGAUGCUGGCGUUACUGGUCUUCAGUCGUGUUGUGGGCAAGGUUCAUGUUUCUCAAUGUGCUGCUGUGGAUAGCUACCCCAUUCUUCGUCUGUAUCUCCAGCCAGGAGAUGUUAUCAUUGGUGCCAUUAUAUCUCAGACACUUUUUGCCACCAGUCCGAAAGACUUCAAGUGCCAAUCACGUGAGAUGAGAUUGUGUCAGACCCAGAUCAGCAUCACCAUUACAUACAGAGACAUCUCAAAAGGGUUCAUGCCUCAGAACUACCAGCACAUCCUGGCUUUGGCAUUUGCUGUCAAGGAGAUCAAUGAAAAUCCACACAUCUUGCCAAAUCUCACCCUGGGGUUCCAUAUCUAUGACAGUCAUCUGAAUCCAAAAUUGACGUACCGUGCAGCUCUGCAACAUAUUUCCCCAAGGAACAGAUUUGUCCCCAACUACAGGUGUCAUAUCCAGGACAACGUACAAGCAGUUCUCGAGGACAUUAAUUCAGACGAUUCACAAAUUGUCCAAGAUCUUUUCAGCAUCUACAAGAUUCCACAGUCCGAUAUGGUAGGCAAUGAUUAUAUGAAAGGCUAUCUGAAAAGCUUUUCAGAACUGUAUGAAAAAAUGAUGGGGAGCACUGCCAACAUAAUUAUCUUCAAAGGACAAACUCGUACCUUUUUAAAUGCCAGAGGUAUGAUAGAAUUAGCACAGAUUAAAUACAUGGUGGCAAAACCAAAAGGCAAAGUAUGGAUUGUAACAGUUCACAUGGACUUAAAAACAUAUCACGACAAAUUAAGCCGGGAUGUGCAAAUCUUUCAUGGCAUGAUAUCAGUGUCCCUUCACUUGAAUGAACUUCAGGGAUUCCAAGACUUUUUUAAGAGCAGAAAGCCAUCCACUGCGGAGGGAGAUCUAUUUCUCAAGGACUUCUGGUCAUACACAUUUCGUUGUGCAUUCCCAGAUUCAGUUAUGGGCAAUGUGCAUCAGGCUAAUUGCACUGGAGAUGAAACCCUGAAGGACCUUCCUGCAUUCGAAGUGAGCAUGACUGGCCACAGCUACAACAUCUAUAAUGCGGUCUAUGCUGUUGCUUACGCUUUGCAUGCUAUGCAUUCUUCAAAAGUUCAAGCAAAGAUGCAAGGAGAGACAAGGAAGCUGACAAUUCACCAACCCUGGCAGCUCCAUCACUUUCUGAGAUGCGUCUCAUUUAACAACAGCGCUGGAGAUCAGAUUUCCUUUGACCACAAUGGAGAAUUGAUAGCAGGACUCGAUAUUAUCAACUGGGUAACAUUUCCAAACCAAUCUUUUGUUAGAGUGAAAGUGGGAAAGAUCCACGCCCAGGCUCCUUUACAGCAAGCACUUCAGCUAGAUGAAGAAUCCAUGGUAUGGCACCCCCGAUUUCACCAAGUACGACCUGUGUCUUUAUGCAGUGAGAAUUGCAGUCCUGGAUAUAGAAUGACAAAGAGGGAAGGGGAGCCCUUCUGCUGUUAUAAUUGCAGCCAAUGUCCAGAAGGGACAAUCUCUGAUCAUCAAGAUAUGCCUGACUGUUUCCAAUGCUCAGUUGGUCAUUUUCCACACAAGGACCAGAAGUGUUGCAUUCCCAAGAUGAUCAGCUUCUUGUCUUACGAAGAACCUUUGGGAGCUGGUUUAAUUCUUGUUGCUCUGACUCUGUCUUUAAUCACAUUGUUUGUACUUGGAAUAUUUAUAAAACACCACAGCACUCCCAUAGUGAAAGCCAACAACAGUAAGCUGACAUACACUCUUCUCAAUUCACUUCUGCUCUGCUUCCUCUGUGCCCUGCUAUUCAUUGGCAAACCUGGAAAGAUAAUGUGUCUCCUUCGCCAAACUGCCUUUGGCAUCAUUUUCUCCAUUGCAGUUUCUUCCGUGUUAGCAAAAACGAUCACAGUGAUUGUGGCUUUCAUGGCCACCAAACCUGGAAGCCGGAUGAGGAAAUGGGUGGGGAAAAGGCUGUCUGUUUCCAUUGUUCUUUCCUGCUGUUUGAUUCAAGUUGGCAUUUGUAUCAUUUGGCUAGUAAAAUCCCCCCCAUUCCCAGAUGUUGACAUGCAUUCAAUGACAGAAGAAGUUGUAUUAGAAUGUAAUGAUGCCUCUCCUACUAUGUUUUACUGUGUCUUGGGCUAUAUGGGCCUCCUGGCUAGUGUGAGCUUCCUGGUGGCUUUCAUUGCUAGGAAGCUACCCGACAGUUUCAAUGAAGCCAAGUUCAUCACUUUCAGCAUGCUGAUCUUUUGCACCGUUUGGUUAUCCUUUGUUCCAGCCUACCUGAGUAUCAAAGGGAAAUACAUGGUGGCUGUUGAGAUCUUCUCUAUCUUAGCCUCCAGUGCUGGCUUACUGGGCUUUAUCUUUUUCCCCAAAUGCUUCAUUAUUGUGCUUAGACCUGAACUGAAUCACAGAGCACAGCUAAUAAGGAAAAACCAAUGA